ACCCUGUAAUUCUUGACAAGAGCAGGUUGCUCGGUUGAACCCUGAGAGGUCCAUACCUGCAGCUGUUCUGAAAGGAGCCAGAGGUCUAGCAAUAUUGACUGUUGCCAAAGUUGGUGCUCUUCUUACUUACAAACUUGGGACUGGGCUGGUAGUUGCCCGAAAAUCAGAUGGAUCGUGGUCUGCACCAUCAGCAAUAGUCUCAAUUGGUCUUGGGUGGGGUGCACAGGUUGGAGGUGAGCUCAUGGACUUAUUAAUUGUGCUACAUGACGUUAAAGCUGUGAAGACAUUUUGUAGUCGUAUGCACUUUUCUCUUGGUGCUGGCUGCAGUGUCGCAGCAGGUCCAGUUGGGAGGGUUGUGGAGGCAGAUAUGCGUGCUGGAGACAAGGGUUCUGGGAUGUGCUAUACUUACAGUUGUAGUAAAGGUGCAUUUGUUGGAGUCUCACUCGAGGGAAACUUCGUUGCAACAAGAAUGGAUACUAAUCUUCGCUUCUAUGGCGAUCCAUACCUUACCACCGCCGACAUCCUUCUUGGGACGGUGGAACGACCUAGAGCCGCCGAACCAUUGUACAACGCCCUUAAAGAACUCUAUGCCAAGCUUCCACCCCAGAUUAGCACGAGUCCUUUUGAUUCUUGAACUUCUUUUGCACCAUAUGCCUGUGCUCUUUUCAAGCAUUGACUCUUAGUUGAUGAAAAAUUGUACAGUUUGGUUCAGGACAAUAAACCAGCAUCUGAACCAGGAUAAUGGUUCCUUGCAUUAAGUUACACACAAACAGUUGUACAUACAUACAUACUAGCAACGUAUAUGAUUGUAUAUAUUCUGAAAAUGUGAAACCAGUUACUGUUACUUUAUUUGGUCA